AAUACUCAUAAACAGAGUAUUCAUUUUCCCGUACGAGUAAGUGUAUAAAUACAUGAACAAAUCUAUUUAGUAGUGCAGACUCGGUGACCUCAAAAAGCAAUAUACUUAACACAGGGUCAUCAUGUUUAUAAAAGGACUUUGUCUCCUAUUUGUGGUGAAGUCAAUACGAGCUAAGGAUGUGGAUGUCGCUGAGUUUGUCUACAAUACCGACAACCAGAUGAAACAAGAUUGGGAAGAUUUUAAGGCUAAAUACGGAAAAACUUACGAGUCAUUCGAAGAUAAACUCCGAAGCAAUGUGUAUUUUGAAAACAGUCGUUUUAUAAAAGAACACAAUGAUCUUUUUGAAAAGGGAGUAGUGUCUUAUAGUGUGGCAAUGAAUGAAUUCGGGGACAUGUCUGAUGAUGAAGCUUCGCACAAACUUUAUGGACACACUACUGAUGAAGAUGACGACUAUGACGACGAGGAAGCUGCCACCUUCAUGCCAUCUCCAAUAGCAACGUUACCAGCUUCUGUCAACUGGUUGAAUGAAGGAGCUGUGACACCAGUCAAGAAUCAGAGGAAUUGUUCGUCUUGUUAUGCGUUCGCUGCUAUUGCAGCUGUGGAAAGUCGGACUUUUUUAAAAACCGGCCGUCUUGUACCGUUGUCAGAACAAAACCUGAUAGAUUGUUCUGGAAAGUAUGGUAAUUCUGGCUGCCAAGGUGGUCAGACAAGGAAGGCAUAUGUAUACAUCGAAGGUAAUAAAGGCAUUGACACGGAAAAAAGUUAUCCAUACCAAGCCAAGAACGGAAAUUGUAGAUACCAAGCAAAAUACUCAUCAGCUACAAUAAGAGGUUAUAUGACUAUACAACGUACGGAAGCCGCCCUUCAGCAAGCGGUGGCUAACAGCCCAGUGGCUGUCGCAGUGGACGCCAAAGGAAAAGGGUUCAGAUUUUACAAAAGUGGGGUGUAUUACAACAAUCAUUGUUCUUCAAAGCGUUUGGGUCAUGCGAUGCUUGUCGUCGGCUACGGAACCCUACGGACCCAAGGCCAAUACUGGUUGGUGAAAAACUCAUGGGGUGACAAGUGGGGGCAAAGAGGAUAUAUUCGAAUGGCGAGGAACAGAGACAACAAUUGCGGUAUCGUCACGCGAGCUACAAUCCCACUGGUUUAAAUAGGCUAUUUGACUGGGUCAAUCAAAGCCAAUCUAGAAAUCCAGAAGCCUGUCUAAAUGAUCAAAAGUCAAUCUAAUUUUACUUUUCGAAUUAAGUAAUAAUAAAAAGAA